CACGAACCUUCUCCUGACAUUUCUGUUCCAAUUCCACGAGACCUAUCUUUGUAUCCACAGCAGUUGUCAGUGGAAAAUUCUUCCUCAUAUUUCAGGCAAAUUUACUGAAGGUCGCAAGGAUGUCUGGAAUUUGCUGUGUGUCAACUUGCCGGAGGAGAUUGGAGAGAAACCGGAAGAAUGUUAAGUCAUUUCCCUUCCCAAAUGAUUCGAAGCGAAGGAAGAUAUGGAUUGCGGCGGUUCAGAACGUCCAGAAAAAUUGGACUUUUUCAACAUUCAACAGAAUCUGCAAUGAACACUUCAAGUCAAGUGAUUUCUACGCAAACGAGAAAACCAAGGAAAUCACUCUGAAGACGACAGCUGUUCCAUCGAUAUUCCUCAAAGACGCAUCCGUAGUCGUGAAAUCCAUAAGCACACGAUUGAAUCCAUUCCCAUCAAUUCCUAUCAAAAGCGAAAACGAUGUGAAUUACAAUGAUGAUGAUAAUAUGAUUGAAAACCCGGAAGAUGUGAAUACGACUGUUAUCGAAGAGUACCUAAUCGAAGAAGAUCCUUUGACCGGCAAUGCAGAGUUUAAAUACUCUGCGAGCACGAGCAAAUUCUAUGGACAGGAAGAAGCCAGCGAUUCCGAUGACGGGGAAGUCAUAGAAAUGCUCCAAAGCCCUGAUGAUUCUUUGACGUCGAAGCUCUCCAAGCUGAUCUCCGAGGAGAACAUGUCGAAUGCAUGUGCCGCGAAGUUGCUCAGAAUUCUUAAGCAGCACGGACACGCUGAACUCCCAAAGAAGUCCGAGGAACUUGUGGAAGCUCAGGAUCCGGAAAAUGAAGAGAUUGAACACAUGAACAAAGUGUUGGAUUACGUCACGGCGGAAGCCAGAGACAUCGAGGCUAAGAUGCAAUUCAAGCUGAACUUCCUCUCCAAAUGCCUGAACCGCAUUGAGUGCAAGGUUCAAGCAAUGACAAGUCAACCAAUAGAUUCUGGACCGUCCACUGAUCUCUAUGCAACUGCAUACAUGAAUCUGUUUCCCAUCGAGAAUAUCGAUAAACUGAUGCAGGUUGAAGAAAAAAUCGGCGAGGAUGAAGACUUGGAAGUGAAAAUUAGAUCCUUGAUUCAUUCACAUCCGCGCAGUUGGCUUAAGCACAUGUUCGCCGAUGACCUGAUGGAUGAAUUUACUCUAAAUGGAUCAGGGAACAAAGGCAACUUCAUGGAACUUAAGAUUAUAAACUGUAUUGAAAAGUAUGUUUCUCGCGGCGACAUUUUACAUCAGAAGCGUCAGAGUAAAGAUCGCUUUAAUAAGACAAAAUCACGACAGAAAAAGAAAGACAAAGACGCAUUACAGACAGCAGAAGAUGGGCAAUGAGAGGAUUGGUGGAUUGGACGCAUUCAUAGCAAAGCAAAAUAUAUAGGAUUUUCACUGUACAAUAAACUCAAUGUAAAUGAA